UUGAUAGCCACUAGUCGAUCGUCAGCGUCCGAGGCGGCAGCUACAAAAGCCAGAACAAAACAAGCAAGGAAAUAUCAGCAAAUUCGCAAAAUGCUGCGUCUCCACGGAUCUGGGAUGCUGAUGCACUUCCUGCUGGCACUGAUUGUUGGCCAACUGCAGCUGCUGGCCUUCGCCCAGCGAUGGGAAAAGACAAGAACUCACUUUGGGAACUGCCACACGGCGGACUAUGGCCGCGGCACAUGCGUCGAUCCGGGCAACUGUGACUUCUACGACGUGGACAAACUGGACGCAUCCAGCAAGCGGCAGUGCUACUCACGGCAGAGGCCAGACCUGGUCUGCUGUCCGCGAGAGAGCAACAUCAUACCCGUGCUGGGGGUGCGCAUCACCGACAGGGGAACCAACACCACAACCACGGAACGACCUUUGCUGCGACUGGUGGCAGCGACCAACCAGAAUGGCACGCCGCAAGCCCGACCUCAGCCCCGACCACCCACCAGCCCGGACCAGCUGCCCGAGCAUCCGUACUGCGGCACGGCAUUCGCGUCGCGUGUGUUCGGCGGCACCGUGGCGGGCAUCCUCGAGUUCCCCUGGACCACGCUGCUGGAGUACUCCGAGGAGGGCGGCAACAAGAGCCAUGUCUGUGGGGCUGCCUUCAUUGCCCAGCGCUGGCUGGUGACGGCCGCCCACUGCACUCACGUGUACUUCAUGGGACCCGGGCGGCGGCUGACGGGCGCGCGGCUGGGCGAAUGGAACAAGGCCACCGAUCCCGACUGCAUAACCAACUUGAACGGCAGGCGGGAGUGCGUGCCGCAGCAUAUUCGGGUGGACAUCGAUCGCAUCCUGCCGCACGAGCAGUUCAACGUCAGGAAUCUGAGCAACGACAUUGCCCUGCUGCGGCUGGCACGGCCCGUCAAUUGGUUGCAGAUGCAGCACGUGGAGCCCGUCUGCCUGCCGCCGGCACGCGGUGCAGAGGCCAACCAGCUGGUGGGCUCCGCCGUCGAUGUCUCCGGCUGGGGGCGAACGGAGAACAGCGAGUCGAGCAACUUCAAGCGCAAGGCCAUGCUGAUGGUUCAGCCCCUCGACCAGUGCCAGGCGGCCUUCCAAAAGGACGGCCAUGUGCUGAGCGAUAGCCAGCUGUGUGCCAGCGGCGGCAUUGGCGUUGAUUCCUGCAACGGCGAUUCCGGUGGACCGCUCACCGUCGAGGCCAACACACCGCAGCGGGAUCGGUUCGUCUACCUUGCGGGCGUCGUCUCGUUUGGGCGCGAGGAGUGCGGCGAGGCGGAGUUCUCCGGCGUCUACACAAGGAUCAGCAGCUACAUGGACUGGAUCGAGCAGACCAUACGAGCGAAUCGCAUUUAGUUCUUCCUUUGGGGACUCCCUCUAGCUUUCUAUAAAUAUUCUUCAUUUUAUUUUUAAUUUUAAUGCUUUUUUUUUUUUUUGUGCUGUAUUUAUCUGUGUAAUUCCGUGCGACGCGACGUCAUGGUGUCAUCGCUCACGUCACUGAUUUCCGCCGGGGCGUGCAAUUUGUCAAACAUGUUGUGUUGUCGGCCUCCCCAUAUCGGCCCGGUUCGGAUCGCAAUCUAGCCGUAGAUUAAAUUUCUUUGCUCA